CCGGAAGAAGUUUACAAGCUAACAUACUAGCUUGGAAACAACGCGUAUCCUACAUAUGUGUCCAUGGUGUCUAAAAAGCAGGAGCGAGUGUGGAGGUACGUGGAGGAGGGCAGUUUACCCAAGCUCAAGUCGUACCUGAGCAAACACCCGGACCUGAAUGUGAGUUUCAGCCUGGGCUCGAAGCAGAGGAGCCCGCUGCAUCUCGCCUGCCGCCGAGGAGACGACGCCGCGCUGCGGCUGCUGCUGAAGCACGGAGCCGACGUCCUCCAGAAGGACCGUAAAGGAGACACGGCGCUGCACACAGCGGCCAACAGGGCUCUCAAACGCGGGUGGACAGCGUAUGAAGACCUGGUCGUCCCCCUCAAGACGAGCUGUCCAGAGGCCAUGGCUGUCCCCAACAGUGCAGGUGUCACACCUGAAGAUCUGCUGGAUUUCAUGAAACGUACUAAGUCUUCACAGAUGGCAGAAAACCAGAGUCGUCCACGUGAAAAAGAUCCAGAGAAGGAGUGGCUUGAUAAGCUGUUUGGUGAAUGUGAAGAUGAAUUCAACGAAACCUUUGGAGUAUAUGAUGCUGAUGAUUUCCUUCCUGUUGAUGACGAUGAGGAGGAUUUUGGAGACUGGUCCGAUCGCAUCAGGAGAGAAUAUUUUGAUAAAAAGAAUGCUGAAGCUCAGAGACUGGCGUCAAUGGCAUCCAAAGGAAGGAAAAAAGGGAAGAGUAAGCAAGAGAGAGAACAGGAACAACAAAGCCACAAGGAUUUGCAUGAAAAGCUACAGAAGGAACAUGAGGAGUAUUUGGCUCGAGCAGCACGUAAAGCGGAAGAGACCCGACUGGGUAAGAAGCGCAGAUACGACGAGAGGUGUGCAGCUACUUUCCACGGCGAAAGUUCAGCUGGCAGCUCAAAGCUGAGCUACAGUGACAUCCCGUGGCCAGCUCCCAAAGGUACAGUGCAGGAGAUGGUGGAUGUGAUGCUGCACGGCGUGGACCGCAAGGACGUGCCUGUGUUUCGAAAAAUGCUCCUUAAGCAGCAAAGGCUGUGGCAUCCGGAUAAGUUCGCCCAGAGGUGUGAGACCCGGUUAGAGGAGAAGGAUAAACGGAGGAUCCUGGAUACAGUCACAGCUCUGUCUCAGGAGCUCAACAGACUGGUGCAGAGUCUGCGGACUUGAAACUCUGAGCAUAAUUUUAACUUGAACUUAAAACCCUAUUUAAGUUUUUGUCUGGAAAUGUGUCAAUUUUAAGAACUCUAUACAAACUAUACAUAAAUGAUUUACACCAACA